AUGGCGGUGAUCCGCCCCAAGAAACAACAGAUAGUCGGGUGGGUCCGGACACUAUUUAAAACCAAGUUGUCCCAAGCUGUCUCAGACUUUACACGCCAGAUACAAGACCUCGGUAACAGAGUCUCAGACUUGGAGAUGAGAACAGACGAUUUGUCUGACGCUUUGGGCCACGACCGGGAGGACAUUGACUCCCAUGACAAUCAACUAGCAGAGUUGGAACUUAAAAUUGAAGAUCUCGAGAACAGGUCCCGGAGGGGUAACCUAAGAGUUAGAGGUCUACCAGAAUCGUUUACCGAUCUACAAUCCACUCUGUCGGCUUUAUUUGCUACCCUGCUCCCUCAAUCGGAACCACAUUUCCUGAAAAUGGAUCGUGUCCAUAGGUCUUUGGGGAAGCCUCGGACUCCGGAUCUCCCCAGAGAUGUAAUUCUGAAGUUCCACCAUCCUGACACAAGGGACAAGGUCCUCGCUGCAGCAAGGGACAACCCGGACCUACCUGGACUCCCGCAAUCAGUCCACCUCUACGCUGACCUAGCGCCAUCCACACUCCGUGAUUCCAGCACUCAGAUUGAUAGUUUCCUAGCCUCUAUACGACUUCCCUCAUUGACUUCUGAGGCUCAAUUGGAGCUUAGUUCUCCUAUUACCACUAAGGAAGUGACAUUUGCCAUCAACUCCCUGAAAUUAGGCAAAGCCCCAGGUCCAGACGGAGCGAUUCUUCCAUCUGAUCGACCUGUAGAGCUUACGCCGUUUGAACAUACAAUUAACUUCUCGCUGUAUAGACAAGGGUUACUAUCCAGAAUGUAUGGCGCACUCAACUCAGUUCCUCCAGAUCACAAAAUGCCUUACAUGAGAGCUUGGGAGGCAGAUAUGAGUCGGGAACUUACACCCUCCAAAUGGUCAGAUUAUUCCAUAACUCUUACGAAGGGUUCAUGGCAAGCCACAUUAGCCGAGACCUCCAUAAAAGUGCUUCAUAGGACUUACAUGGUUCCUGCACGCCUACACGCCUUCAACCCGAUCAAAGGAUCAAGUGGAGGAUAUGGACCAGUGUUUGAGGAGCAGCCACAGAACACGUUGUUUCCAGAGGGGUCAGAAGAACUACUUACCCUGGCUUGCCGUGCCCGGGCCAUUCCUCCUGCCACAUACAGGUGGAAACUGAAUGGCACAGAGCUCAAUCUUAUGGAAAACUCCAGUUACCAACUAGUAGGAGGGAACCUGGCCAUCUCUAACCCAACACAUUCUAAGCACACAGGAACCUAUCAAUGUGUAGCCUCUAACCCAAGGGGUACAGUGCUUAGUAAUGAAGCCUCUCUGCGCUUUGGAUAUUUACAUGAAUUCCCACCAGAGGAGAGAGAUACGGUUAAAACAACAGAAGGAUGGGGAGUUAUGUUGCCAUGUAAUCCUCCACUGCACUACCCUGGUUUGUCAUACAGAUGGCUACUGAAUGAGUUUCCAGUGUUUCUGCCCACUGAUAGCAGGAGAUUUGUGUCUCAGGUGACUGGAAACUUGUACAUUGCACAGACUGACGCCCAGGAUGAAGGGGGAUAUUCCUGUCUGACCACCAGCCACAUUGCAUUUACAACCAAAAGUGUUUACAGCAGCUUUACUCGACUUAGUAUUACUCCAGAAGCAGAACCACGGUUGUAUGCUCCCAGUAUUAAAGUGCGCUUCCCAGGGGAGACAUAUACUCUGUCCAGGCAGUCAGUUACAUUGGAAUGCUUUGCCUUUGGAAACCCAGUGCCUCGUAUUCGAUGGAGGAAGGUAGACACAUCACAGCCCCCUCAGUGGUUUGCUUCAGACCCUAUUCUGCAUAUUGAAAGUGUCAGCUUUGAUGACGAUGGAACCUAUGAGUGUGAAGCUGAAAACUCUAAAGGCAGGGAUACCUACCAAGGACGUGUCAUAGUGCAAGCACAACCAGAGUGGCUCCAAAUUAUCUCUGACACAGAGGCCAAAAUUGGAUCUGACCUUCUAUGGAACUGUGCAGCAUCAGGAAAACCUCGACCUACGAUUCGCUGGUUGAAAGAUGGAAAAGCAUUGACAUCACAGGCACGAAUGGAAGUGAGCAACGGGCAGCUGAAAAUCACCAAUUUGGAUCCACAAGACUCGGGCAUGUACCAGUGUGUAGCAGGAAACAAGCAUGGCACCAUUUACACAAGCGCAGAGCUAACUGUUCAAACUAUGGCCCCUGACUUCCGUCUGUCACCAGUGAAACCCCUGAUUCCUGCAGCUCGUGGUGGAGAAAUCACGAUCCAUUGUAACCCACGGGCUGCCCCAACCCCAGUCAUCCUAUGGAGUAAAGGGACUGAACUUCUACGCAACAGUAGCAGGAUCACAGUCACUUCUAAUGGAACAUUAAUCUUGAAGAAUAUAUCUCGUGCAGAUGAAGGCAACUACACCUGUUUUGCAGAGAAUAUCAUGGGAAAAUCCAACAGUACUGGCAUCCUUAGUGUGCGGGAAGCCACAAGAAUUACUUUGGCCCCUUCAGGAUCAGACAUCAACGAGGGGGAUAGUGUUACACUGCAGUGCCAUGCCUCCCAUGAUCCUACCAUGGAUCUCACCUUUACGUGGGAGCUGGAUGGAAUGCCCAUAAACUUUGAGAAGGACGAAGAACAUUAUCAAAAAGUUUCUGGGGAUGAAUCAGUUGGGGACCUUCACAUUAUUAAUACUAAAUUAAGGCAUGCUGGGAAAUACACCUGUACAGCUCAGACUGUGGUGGACCGAGCCUCAGCUUCUGCUUCUCUCCUUGUGCGAGGCCCCCCUGGACCUCCAGGAGGUGUGGUUGCAAGAAAUGCAAAGGAAACAAGUAUCCAAUUGAGCUGGAGUCGAGGGUUUGAUAAUCAUAACCCAAUCAGUCGUUAUACAGUGGAGGUGAAGGAGCCACAAAUGGAAGAGUGGAAAACGGCUCGGACAGAUCCUGCCACUGUGGAGGGAAAUGCAGAAUCAGCUUUAGUGGUGGGACUCACACCAUGGUCUGACUAUCAGUUCCGAGUUGUGGCUAGCAAUAUUUUAGGAGCUGGAGAAUCCAGUUUUCCAUCAGCCAUAAUAAGAACAAAAGAGGCAGCACCAAUUGUGGCCCCAUCAGGUCUUAAUGGUGGAGGAGGGGCACCAAACGAGCUCACAAUUACCUGGAAGUCGUUGGAGAGGAAGUACCAGAAUGGAGAUGGUUUUGGAUACAUCAUUGCUUUCAAAAGAAUGACUGAGGAGACCUGGCAGACAGUUAAAAUUCUUGGGGCGCAGUCGCAGCACUUUGUGUAUAGAAAUGAGAGCAUAGCAGCCUACACUCCCUUCAAUGUCAUGAUCAAGGCAUUUAAUCAAAAAGGAAAAGGACCUUACAGUUUGGAAACCAUUGUAUAUUCUGCAGAGGAGGAGCCGAGCAUUUCACCAUCUGACGUGAAGACAACAGUUCUAUCAUCUUCUGAAAUCAAGGUGGAGUGGAAGUCUGUGGCGACUGUCAAGGGGGUUUUAUUGGGCUAUGAGAUCAGAUACUGGAAGGCUGGUGAUAAUGCAGGUGCUGCCGAUAGGGUGAGGUCGGAAAGUCUGGACACAGUUGCCAAAGUGAGCGGUCUAAAGCCAAAUACCCUAUACCAUGUGACAGUUCAUGCUUACAACAGAGCUGGCACUGGGCCACCGAGCCCCAUCGCCAAUGUUACUACCACCAAAUCACCUCCAAACAGACCUCCGGGAAAUAUUUCCUGGACACUUUCGCGUUCCAGUGUCAGAAUCAAGUGGGAUCCAUUGAUAUCAAUGAAAAAUGAGUCUUCUGUAACGGAAUACAAGAUACUUUAUAGAGUGGAUUCCCAUUCAACCCCUACCUUAUAUGUGACAAGCAAGACACAGGCAGAGCUUCCAGUUCCUGAAGGUGCCAAUCAUGUGACUAUUCAGCUACGUGCCACUGGAUUGGGAGGUGAUGGGGAGGCAGCAGAGGUGCAUAUUCCCACAAAUUCAGGAACCAGCAUGAUGGUAGAAAACUCUGCUUCUCAGCCAUUCAUGACUAAAACAGUUGCAGUCUUGGUCCUAAUCAGGUAUCUUGCAGUUUGAAGCACUAUUACCCUGAAGAU